CGUAGCCAAAAUCUCUCUCUCUUCCUUGACUUGGAAAAUAAAAUCUCGUAAUUGAUGAAGAAUGGAAUUGAUCCACAACGUUACUACUUGGAUGCGGCCGGUGGUCGUCAGGUUUUUGAUUAUUCUUCAAAUCAGCGGUCGUUAAAGAGGAUGAGUGGGGAGGAGACUAGCGAUUUCCUAUAUUUUGAUCGGCGGUCAGUGAAGAAAAGAAGAAGGGAAGAGGAAGAGAUAAUUAAUUACAGAAGAAGAAGGCAGGAGGAGGACAUUAACUAUGGCCGAUCAUCAAAUAGAAGAAGAACAGAGGAGAGCAGGCGUGAUAUUUCCUUGAACAUUGAUUAUGGCCGGUCAUCAUACAGAAGAAGGCAGGAGGAGGACAUUAACUAUGGCCGAUCAUCAAAUAGAAGAAGAACAGAGGAGAGCAGGCGUGAUAUUUCCUUGAACAUUGAUUAUGGCCGGUCAUCAUACAGAAGAAGAAAAAGAGAGGAGAGCGGCGCCAGGCGUGAAGACAUUAAUUACGGGCGCUCAUCAUAUAAAAGAAGAAGAAGAGAAGAGGAGAGAGAAGACAGACGGGAUGUUUCCUUGUUGGAGAUUAAUAAUUAUGGUCGGUCUUCAUACAGUAACAGAAGAAAACGGGUUGACGAUGAUAUUACCUUCACCCUCCAUUUGUCUGGCUUCUCUUGUUUAGAUCGUUCACUUAUAAAGGAGGGCGAGCGUGAUGCUGUUUCCAUAAAGUUUUAUGAAGAAGACGACGAUAAGACUAAUGCCACUCCAGUUGGUACUUUUCCUUGUUUUGUCGAUGAUGGUAUAGUGAUAGAGAUUCUCAGCAGACUUCCCACGAAAUCCCUGUUACGGUUCAAGUCAGUAUGCAAACAUUGGCUGUCUUUGAUUACGCAGGAUCAACACUUCAUUCAUUUACACUCUAUCCGUUCGAAAUCACGUCCGAAUCUUCUCUGGAUCGCUCCAAAGCCGCAAAAAGAAGACACUGAAACCCUAACUCAGGGUAUUCUGUCAGCAAAGUUAUCAUCUGUUACAACAACUGGUGGUGAGGCAAAAGUUAUUAUUCAUAAUUUUAAGAAGACAACCGAUGAUAAUUGGUUUAAUUAUGAUUAUCUUUUGGGACCGGUGAAUGGUCUGGUUUGUUUCAUACACUGGAAAACAGCAGCUGCUAGGAUAUACAAUGUCAGUACAAGAAAAGUAACACCAUGGAUCAAAUCAACAUUAUUAGCAGAAGAAAAACAUAAAUUUGAGAGUGAAGACAAUCCAUUAAAAUUAGUGAGUAAUUUUCUUCCGAUAUAUCAAUUUGGGUUCGAUCCAGAGAAGAAGGAACACAAGCUUUUCUGCUUUUGGAGAUUAUCUGCUACAGAUGACAGCCCUUUUACCAGGUUUUAUAGUGACUCUGAUAGUGGCUAUGCAAGUUGGGAGGCAUUCACCGUGGGUCGUGACACUGAAUGGCGAAGGAUCAGUGUGGUACCUGAUGAGAACAACUUGAUAAAAAUUAAGGAGGUGCUCCCUCCAUAUUGCCGCGGGAAAAAGUUUGUGCAUGCAAACGGUACCAUAUAUUGGAGAAACAAGCUUAUGAACUUUGUCGAAGACCUUGAUGAUCCAUUAUGCCUUAGGGACUAUGUUCCUAGUGAUCCUGACGUCAUAAUUGGAUUUGAUGUUGGGAGUGAGAAGUUCAGGGUUAUCCCAAUUCCUAGUUUCAUCCUUGAUGAUCCUCGUGAAAAAAUGUUUAAACGGCCUAUUGCUAUGCUAAUAUUGGGUGGGCGCGUAACUCUAAUCUACGCAUUGAGCAGUAGCAUUCUUAAGCUGUUGAUGUUAGACGAUGGAGUCGAGAAAAAACUGGAGAAUUGUCAAGGAAAAGGAAGUAGUAAUUGGAGCACAGAAACUAUUACACUACCUUAUGAUUUCGAUACCGGGUGUUUACGUUUUGAUGGAGUUCCAACAAGCUCUGACAAGAUAUUAAUCUCCGUACUGAUCCCCACAUAUGGAGUAAUAGGUGGUGGCAUACAUAAAAAGAUGAGCUGUUUAUAUUCUUAUGAUCGCAAGACAAAGACUUUGGAGGAGAUUGAGAUGGACGGAAUCUUCUCGAUUCCUCCCCUUCACUGUAAUAGGUCUCUAUUUACAACUUAUACUGAAAGCCUAGUUCCUGUGUUGCCUCAACAAGGCAGAAGUCGUUAAUCAGAAUUUGGUUUUAUUUCUAAACAAUUCAUUUUGUUGUUGGUUCUUUUUAAGUUGCGGAAUAUGUCUUGUGUCCUGUAAUUUACUCUCCUGUGUAAAUGUGAAAUAGAACUUGUAGUUCGAA